AUGUCGUUACGUCCUCUCGGAUAUCAAUGCAACCUAUCCUAUGCGCAAUUCUUCCGCAAUGGACUGCAAACAAGACAUAAUAUAACGCAACACCUAAGAUCCUUUUCUCAAUUACGCGACACCAAUUGCACACAUCGCUGGUCUGUGACGAGUCCACACCAUGCCAACAAAACUUCGUUUUCGCUACGGAGCUUGCUCAGUGGUCUCUUGAGACCUGCACACGCUAUCCGGGGCCAUGGCAAGGGAUCGUGGACUCAACAAUGUCGCCAUGAGACUUCUGCGGCCAAAGAACCAGAACUCUGCGCGCACUGCGGUGGAAAAACUAUCCCGAAGGCCAGAAGACAUGUCGAACCUGGUAACUCUUCCAGCGGCUGGCACUGCAAAGCGUGUAUUAGGAACACCAAUACUCAUGGCCAUCUACCAAAUGAGGAGCAGCUUGCUGCGAUCUAUCGGCGAAAACUGGCCAGGGCGAGUGGAGAGGCAAGCAAAACAAGUCCAUGCAGGCACUGUGGCCAGAUGACUGCUCCGAGAAGUAGCCGUAAAUUCGUUGAUGCGGAUAACCCUUCUGCUGGGUUUCACUGCCGGACAUGCGUUCGGCAUGUCAAUCAUCACGGUGUCCUCCCAACCGAGCAAGAUCUCGCAGCGUUCCAGUACCGCAAAGAGAUGCGGAGUAGGCGUAAUCCUACUGUCGCCUCAAAAAGCAAUUCAUCAGUCACUUCGACAGGGGAAUCAACGGCUCACAACCAUUUUAAGUCCCCCAGCAAUCCCAAUUCUCCCAAACAGAUGAAACAGAGCCGCGGUGAAUACCCCUGCAUGCACUGUGGUGACAAGACCAUCUCCAGCAGCAAACGUAGGCUCGUCGAGCCCCAGAAUCCCGCGGCAGGUUACUACUGCCAGCCAUGCACGCGGUCCUUACUUGAAACAGACGCCUUGCCAAGCACUGUCAAACUUGCAGCGCUCAAAAAGCUCAGAGCGACCCGUAUGCAAAGCAACCCCCGAGUUCUGAAAAGCCCCUGUGUCCACUGCGGUGAGAUCACCGCCCCCAGCAGCAAGCGCCGACUCGUUGAGUCGAAGAAUCCUCAAUCCGGGUAUUACUGCCGCGCCUGUGCGGAUUGUUUAAUCGAAACCAAUUCCCUGCCCAGCGAUAUUCGCCUUGCAGUUCGCAGAUCACGAGAGCAGGUCAGGCUGAAAAACCUGCGGGCCAGUCUAUCUAAAGAGUCGCAGUCCCCGAUCUCUCCGCAGGACGGAGAAGGAGAAGCUACACCGACAGAUACGCCCACGGACAAUACCCCAAAGGCUUGCGCGCACUGCAAAACCGAAGAAAACACACCGGGCCCCUGA